AUGUGUCUAGAAAUAUCAUUGGCAACUUGUGGUGGUGUGUUGAUAACAGCAACUUGGACACGCACGGAAUGCGCGGGUAGUCCGAAAACCACGGUUCUUCCCUCUUUCUUUCUUCCCAUUUUUCUCUUACAAGCAACAUUCUACACUCGAUUUGCUAUUAUGACCAUUGACGAGUUUGAACCUGAAGAUGUCUUAACUGAGAUCAAUCGCAAGCUUGCAAACGUCAGCAUAACCAACUUGAACUAUUCCAGUGGCGAUGUCGUAGACAAAAGCAUUCUACCCAAUGUCAAACAAUAUCUGGAGGCGUCCCAUCCUCGUGAAAAGGAGUGCUUCACAGCUGUACAAAUGAUCAGAAAAUAUUUGACACAAGGCACUGGCACCGCGUCGCUUAUGAGUACCAACGACAUUUUACAACUGGACAUCCUACCACGACUUCGUGAACUAUUGGUUGAAGAUAAUGUGCCGGAUUUACAAUUUGAAGUCGCCUGGAUCGUUACCAAUAUUGCUGCUGGCACGUCGGCGCAAGUUCAUCCCCUUAUCGAAGCCGGCUUUGUCCCUGCCUUAUUGGAAUGCCUCAAAGCACCACGUGUUUCUAUCAGCGUCAAAGCUCAGGCAGCAUGGGCAUUAUCCAACUUCGCUGGCGAAUCAGCUGCAUUGCGAGAAGAACUUAUGCGGAAAGGUGCCAUCACAGCUGUCGCUCAUGUUCUUUCACUUGUGUGUGAUGAGACCUAUGAUGAAUCCAUUAUCUGGGCUGGCAGUACAAAGCGAGUGACCAUCCUUAAUGAAGAUUUACGCACCGAUAUCAAAGCGCUUACAUGGUCCAUCUCCAAUAUGGCUCGAGGAGGAUUCCGCACGGCUGACUUUUGGGAUAUGUACAUACCGGCAUUCGAAGCAUUAUCAAAAGCCAUCCUCUUUGAUCAUAGGGAACUUUGGGUUGAUGGAGGCUGGGGAUUAUCACGCAUUCUACACAACACACAUGACGUCGAGGCAUUCUAUCACGAUGUGAAGGUGGAUCCAAAUCUAGGAACACGACUCGCUGAACUUCUUGUUGAACCACACAUCACCGUAUCGAUUCCUAUCUUACGUACGCUCAUCAAUAUCACAUCAGCACCCACGGAUCAAUCCAUGAUGUUCUUCGACUCGCAACUUCUUUCCGUUCUCUCGAAUCUCAUGUCACAAGAUACGCCUACUUGCCUUCGAAGAGAUGCCUUUUUGGUCGUAGCCAACCUGGUAGCAACUGAAUCACCGAUAGUGGAACAAGUUCUUGAGGAGGACCAAAUAUUGCGAGAAGUCGAAUCGGCUAUUGGCGUACCUUCACACGUAUUUGAUCCAUCUACAGCAACAUGGGCUCCUCAGCGAUAUUAUAUACGAUAUCCCAUUGACGAGGAUUGGAAAGUGACAAUGGAAGCUCUGUGGAUCGUUUGUAACCUCUUGACAGUGGGUUGUGAUGCGCAUAUCACAGCUCUAUUGGAAUCAUAUCGUCAACUACCAACCGAUCUCAUGAGUAUUCUCUACUAUGACCACGACAAGAUUCCUAUCAACACCAUCACAAAGACGAUUGAUGCCAUGAUCGACCUUGUCAAGCGCACCAACAACCUCUUUAAUGAAGACAUCAACCCCAUAACACAACAUUGGAUGGAAUGCGAUAUUGGUAACCAGCUUGCAUCACUUGAACGAACACACAGCGGACGUCAAGCUUUUGUGGAGAGCUGCCUGGAAUUGAACGAUCUCGUUUACCAACGCUCCAACAAUGUAGCAGCAAUGUUUGGCCUGCCAAAUAGGUUGACUACGACAGGUGCCAACAAACGAAGGGUACUGCAUGGCUUGGAGGACGGCGACGUGCGGCUCAUCGAAAAUGCAGUCGGCAAACUUACCAUUUGA